AUGACAGAUUUCUCGGAAUCACUCAAAUACCUGCGCGGAGAGGACUUUGAAAAGUUGGUUGUACGUGAAAACGAUCUGGUCUCGUUACCAAGGGAGGUGGGCGACUUGAUACGCCUGAGAGAGCUUCACAUCCAGGGCAACAGACUGACUGUGCUACCACCAGAAAUAGGCAACCUAGACCUGGUUGGUUCCCGGCAGGUGUUCCGAGGAGAGAACAAUCCCUGGGUGACGCCCAUAGCUGACCAGUACCAGGUCGGUGUGUUCCAUGUCUUCGACUACAUCCGAUCUGAGACCUACAAAUCCCUGUACGGACGUCACAUGACCAUGAACACUCCAUCCCCACCCAAGACCAUCGACAAGACCAAGAAAAUCAGCCGUUUGGGCUUGAAGAACAGCAAACAGAAGAGUAGAUACAGGAUUGCUAGAACUGAAGUUUUAACAAACGAGCUGAAAAGAUUAGUUGUGUAGGAUGAAGAAGCUGUGUUUUUGUUAUUGUAUAUAUAAGCCUAUUCAACAAUUGAUCAAUCAGUUUUGAGUAUAUUGGCUCGUCAUAAAUAGAUUGCAAUACAUCUCCAACAAGAAAUGGAACUACAGCUUUGUGAAUAUUUGAUUGGUCAGUUGGCAGUAUAUCAAUGAAAAUUUCAAACAGCAGCUUUUAAUAUGCCUAAUUAAAAAGUGAAAGACUCACUGGCCAGUACUAUUUGUUGUGUAGAUCACAUGUCAUAUAAACUUAGAUUCUUUAAUAGAAAGUGCAUUGGUAAUAUUCUAUUUGUAAAUGCACAAAAAAUGGUGUUUUCAUACUCAUAAUCUUUAUUCUUCUUUUUGGCCCUCAUAUCACAACUGCUAUUUCAUUGAUGAAUGAACGACCGUGAACAUAGACAGUCUAUCAAAUCAUUAUGCAGCAUUUACACAAACAUU